AUGGAUGAAUACAUAGUAGACGAUAGAAUCAAUGAAUAAGACCGAAAUUACCUAUUAUCUCAAGUAGAUUCAAUACACACUAUAUAUAUCACAAGAGAACAUAUUUAAUCAAUUAAAUCACAAUUAAACUCUGAAGACUAUGUGACUAUUCAUAUUGCCUUACAAAGAUUAUUAAGACUUAUCUUUUUAGAAUUUCAUAUAGAGAAUUUUCCUCUUGAUUUAGAUGAAGCAGGGAAUCAAUAUCAUUUCACUUAAUUCAUCAUUCAAAAUAAUAUCAUUUAACCUUUAAUACAUUUAAUUUAAGUUCAAUAUUCAAUAUAAAGUACUAUAGAUUCUACUUAAAUCCUAAUAUGUUUACUUUGUGGAACAUCUCAAUAAGUAGAAUUAAUAUUGUAAUAAGGUUUGAUCUCAAGUCUCUCCCUUAUGCUUUAAUCCAAUAUUGAUUUAAUUGCAUUUACUGGACUUGUGGCAGUAUUAUAGGCUGCUAAAAUUAGACAUUCAAAACCUUUCUGUAAAUAAUUCCUCAAUAAUUAAUGUGAAGAAUAUAUAUUUAAAAGAUACUAAAAAGAACCUGAAUUUUGUUUAAAAACUCUUUAUUCAUUAUGUACUAAAAAGCCAUCAAUGAAAUUUGAAUUAAUCAAAUCUAGUUUACUCUUUAUAAUUGAUAAAAUUCAAAAAGAAAAUAAAAUAGGAAUUAUAACAAAAUGCAUUUGUAUAGUCACUGGAAAAUGGAUACCCUUACCUCCAUUAAAAGAAAAUCAUUUAAAACGAAUUUAAUUACUAUUAGAUUCUAAUAUAAUUGCAAGAUUUGUUUAAUUAAUGAAAAAACAUGAAUCCGAAUAUGAAUUAUUAUAAGUCAUAUUAACAAAUUUGAUAUUUGUUUUAUCAGGAACUGAUCAAUAAUUCUAAUUUGUUUUGAAACAAGGAAUAAUGAGGUAAGUCUAAAAAUUGUUAGAUUGCAAAGAUAAUGCUACAUUUCAUAGAUGUCUUGCCUUUUUGGUUUAGAUUACUAAUAAAUCAUUAGGAGUAUCCUAUCUUUUUGAAUAGAAAACUAUUAUAUAAAUAAUAAUUCGAAUAUAUAGUGUUGAACAAAAGGAAUUUGCUUUAUUGAAGAUUGUCUCAAUCUUUGAAAAUUUGAUACUUCUAGGAGAUAUUGAAUAAGUACAAAGUUUAAUUGAUUAAUAACUUAUAAAAAUUAUUAUAAAGAAUUUGAGAUUGAAUUUAAAUUAAAAUAAUGUAUAAGUAAAUUGUAAGACUGUUGAAUUAUUACAAUCAAUAUUCACAAAAGUCAGAAAUAUAAAUAAGGAGAAAUAUGAAAAAUGGAAGGAAGAAUUUAUUAAAUUUGAAGGUAUAUAGGCAUUAAAAUCAUUAACAUCAUAAACAGAAUAAAUAUUUUCUAUAAAUGAAUUUUUAAAUACUUGA